UCUUGGAUGACCCGCUUGUCUCAGCAGACACAGCUUCCGGUCGGUCUUAGUUCCGCUUCCUGUGUAACAGCGGCGUCUUCGCUGAGGGUCACAUUGAGCUGCUUGGGGCUUCAGGGUCGUAUUUAGUUUUUAAAAUGCAUUUAGACAUAUUCUGAGAGAGAGGCUUAUGGGAUACAUCAGACCCUUGAGAAGUUUGUGACAGCAAAAAGAUUAAGAAUCCUCACAAGUGGAAGGACCCGGGUUCAAUCUCCAGUACAAAAAAAAAGAAUCAGCGCUAUGGCAGAAGACAUCAAGACCAAAAUCAAGAACUACAAGACUGCCCCUUUUGACAGCCGCUUCCCCAAUCAGAACCAGACCAGGAACUGCUGGCAGAACUACCUGGACUAUCACCGCUGCCAGAAGGCAAUGAACGCAAAAGGGGGUGAUGUCUCUGUGUGCGAGUGGUACCAUCGAGUAUACAAGUCCCUGUGCCCCAUAUCCUGGGUCUCAACCUGGGACGAACGCCGGGUUGAAGGCACAUUUCCUGGCAAGAUCUGAACUGGAUCCGUCUGCUUCUCUGUCCUCUGUCCUUUUCAUUGGUAAAGGGGGACCUGGCUACAUGAUGGUCCCUACCCUAGGACCCUGAAUCAUGACUUAACUAACAAUAAAAACUCAGUUGAAAAGUAUAA